GUCUUUACAUGUUUUCAUGAGACAAGUCCUAACAGAGUUUUUAAUGUUCACAGACUCCAGACGGGACGUCUUUUUUCAUUGACACCUGAUGUGAUGCAUCUCACUUGUGUUUAGACGUUCAGAGAUGAAGUUCAUCUGUGUGAUUUUACUCAUUCUUACUGGAGUUACACAAUCAGAUGAGUACGAGGUGAUUGGACCUUCAGCUCCUGUGAUGACUGUAUCUGGUGAAGAUGUGAUUCUGCCGUGUUCUAUCAAACCCAACAUCAGUGCUGUGAACAUGAGAGUCGAGUGGAUCAGACUUGAUCUGAAAGGCUCAAUAGUUCAUCGGUAUGAAGAUCAUAAAGACAUAAACACAGAUCAGCUUCAGUCGUACAGAGGAAGAACUCAAGUGUUUAAAGAAGAACUAGAGAAAGGAAACACAUCACUCAAACUCUCAAGAGUCCAAAUCUCUGAUGAAGGACUUUACAAGUGUUUCAUUCAGUCUCAAUCCUGGAGUGAUGACAUCACUGUUGAUCUCAGAGUUGAAGCUGUAGGUCGUCCUCUAGUCAUCACUGUAGAUGGGUUUGAUGGGUCUGGUGGUCUUCGUCUACAGUGUGAAUCUAAAGGCUGGAACCCUGAACCUGAUCUUGUGUGGCUGAACAGUGAAGGAGUAACUUUAACAUCUGAAUCUCCAGACACACACAGAGAUGACACAGAUGGAUUCAGUGUGAAACACAAGAUCACUGUAUAUAACACUGACACUAAAUAUCACUGCAGAGUCAGAAUGAAUCAUCACAUGAUGGAGACUGAGAUCAUCACAUCCAGUAAAAUGUUUCACUCGUGGAGAUCUUCAGUGAUUCUGAUAUCAGUUGCUGUUGUUCUCAGUGUGAUCGCUGGAAUACUGAUCACUAGGUUUGUCCGUAAACAGAGAGAUCUACAGAGAGAGGAACAGAGAAUACAGAACGAGCGUGAGCCACUACUGAUGACUGUAAAAAAUGUGACUUCACUGUUAAGAAAACAUGCAGUGAAUGUGACUCUGGAUGCUGAUUCAGCUCAUCCUCGUCUCAUUGUGUCUCAUGAUGGAAAACAAGUGAGAUGUGAAAACAAACAACUUGAAAGAGUGAAGAAUGAAGAUACAGGACAAAAUUACACAUUUGAUAGUCGUUUCUGUGUUGCUGGAAAUGAAGGAUUCUCUUCAGGGUGUUUUUAUUAUGAGGUGCAGGUGAAGGGGGUAGAUUGUUGGCGUGUGGGUGUGACCAGAGAAUCUGCUCAGAGGAAGGGGUUGUUCUCUAUGGAACAUCAGGAUGGAUACUGGACUGUGUGUUUGAGCGGUCACAGAUAUUAUGCUGGUGAAAAACAUGUUGUUCUUUCUCUGAGUGUGAAUCCUGAGAGGAUCGGGGUGUUUGUGGAUUAUGAGAAGGGUCGAGUCUCAUUUUAUGAUGUGGAGUCAAUGUAUCAUAUUCACUCUUUUACUGCUCAAUCUUUCACUAAGAAACUAUAUCCUCUUUUAUUUUUGGAAUCCUCUGUUCCACUCAUCAUCUGUAGGGAUCUUUCAUGAGAUCUGAUAGACACCUGAUCUGAACACAAAGUGAGGAGAGAAUAACAGACAGAGAACAGAAUAAACACUUUCAAGAACAA